UACGGUGGAAGGUAAGUGCACUAAAUGAGCUGUGCUGUCAUUAACCAAUCAGUUCAUGAAAGAUAUGACUGUGUUUCCUGAAUUGCAUGGACUGUGCUAGAAAAGGGAGCUUUGUGAUUGUUGAUCCCUCUGUGGAUCAGUAAUAUUGGGGUAUAUGGGGGAUAAUUGUCUAAACUGCAGUCCUGACACUUUUUUUCUCCACAGGGACAUGAAGACGGAAAACGUUCUUGUAGACAGCGCCGGUCAUGUACAUAUUGCUGACUUCGGCUUGGCAGCUUUAAACGUGUUUGGAGACAACAUGGUGACAGAAUACUUUGGACAUAUGUAUAAUGGAGCUCCAGAGAUGUUGUUCGAACGUCCGUAUGAUGGAGCCGCGGAUUACUUUGCAUUGGGGGUCUUACUAUUUCGAUUUGCAUUGAGUCGACUUGCCUUUAAAGACAGUUUCACUUCUUCACGAGGCAUAAAGUAUGGUCGGCCAUGCUUCCCAGACGACCCUGCCCCCGACCCCGACCUCAAGGACCUUCUGGAAAAGCUCUUGUGUAAAGAUCCAUGCAGGCGCAAGGAUUUCAUUGCCGACAUACAAGAUCAUCCAUUUUUCAACGGAAUAAACUGGAAGGAACUGGAAGCGGGGGAGGCACCCCCUCCUUUUUCCAUGCGACGGAAGGGCUUCAGAGACGUCACAAGAGACAUAAUAAAACCGGAAGACCUGAUGAACAACAUAGAUUCUGACGGAGACCCUAUUGAACCUUCAAUUUCAGCUGAGGAACAGAAGAUGUUUGAUGGCUUUUCCUUUGUCAGUGAUGAAUGGAAAGCCAUGAAGAAGAUGAAAUAAAGCCAAACACACCAGGUUGUUGGGAUCUUAGUAGAGGCGAGGGGGUUAUGCUAGGAGCAGGGAUUAGGGGGGUUGUGCUAGGAAGGUUAUUUUAGGGGGGU